CAGGAGAUAAUUGUUGCAGAUAAGACAUCCCCGCAAAAAUUGGUCGAGUGCCGAAUCUGCCAAGAGGAAGAUGUGGAUUCCAACAUGGAGAUUCCCUGUGCAUGCUGUGGCAGUUUAAAGUAUGCUCACCGAAAAUGUGUACAGCGGUGGUGUAAUGAGAAGGGUGACAUCAUUUGUGAGAUUUGCCUGCAGCAAUUCAAGCCAGGUUAUACCGCUCCGCCUCCGUUGUUUCACUAUGGAAGUAUCCCCAUGAACUUCAGGGGAAGCUGGGAGAUUUCCCGACAGGAUCUGCAUGAUUCUGAGAUCAUAACAAUGGUUCCAUCAGAUCGUGGUCUUAUGGGUUCCGACUAUGAUGAGCAUUCAGCUGCAAGCACCAGAAGCGCAAUUUAUUGUCGAUUGGUUACCAUUACUUUUAUGGUUCUUUGGUUCUUCGCCAUACUCUUCCUCUCAUAAUAAGUGGUGCCGAGCAGUACUCAUUCACACUUUUCUCACUGCUGAUGUUGAGGACUGCUGGAAUACUUCUACCGGUCUUUCGUAGUGGCAAGAGCUCUAACCACAUUUCAUCGCCGGCGCCAUCAACGGGUGACUCGAGAUAUUCCUGUCUCUACGUUUGAUGGCGAAAGGGUACAGUCUCAUUCCUUGCAGUCUCAACCACACCUCAUUCGUGUGCACUAACACUGAAAAGUUGCUGCUUUGUUGGUGCCAAAAUAAUUCUACCAUAGAUUUGGUGAUGCAAGAGGGAUAAACCAAAAAAGAAUUGAGGAACAUGACAUGAAUCAAGCAAAGUGUCAGGUGGGAUUGCAUGAUGGCGUUAUUUUGACAAGUCUAUCAAAUUUAAACCCCUGUAUAUAUGUUAUGAUAGUUUCAAACUUCGCAAAGGAUGCCACUUGCUUCAAAUGCCUGAAGAUGUUCUGCACAUUAAUUAUGAAUGGAAAAGAAUCUUUACGAUGUUGAGAUUUUCA